AUGGAAGCUAAGGCUAAGCCCUGGUUAGUUCUAUCUCUUCUAAUGGCUGCAAAUUGCAUGCAAUAUUAUUGUGCCCAUGCAGAACCAGUUGUGGCUUGCCUUUUCGUCUUUGGGGACUCUCUGUCUGACAGUGGAAAUAACAACAACCGUGCAACAUUAGGAAGAGCCAAUUUCAGACCAUAUGGCAUCGAUUUCCCACAAGGCCCCACAGGAAGAUUUACCAAUGGAAGAACCUCCGUUGACUUCAUUAGCGAGUUUCUGGGAUUUCUGAAACUCAUCCCACCCCAUGCAGACACUAGUAGCUCAGACGUUCUUAAGGGUGUGAACUAUGCAUCAGGAGGAGCAGGGAUAAGACCCGACAGUGGCAUGAUUGGAGGUGACAAUAUCGAUUUGGAAAAGCAGGUGAGAAAUCACUCCAGAUGCCAUGUCUAUGCAUCAGAGAAAUGGAUCUUGUUUCCCUGUGUUGCGAAUGUUUCAUGCUGCCCAUCACCUUGUUUAGCUAAUAGAACACCAUGUCAGAAUAGAAGUGAAUACGUAUUUUGGGAUGGAUUGCAUCCCACAGAAGCUGCCAACAGAAUCACUGCACACAGAUCAUAUAAUGACAUCAUGGGACUUGUUCACUCCUCAAUUUAAACUACGACACCUUCUUGAAUACAUGAGAUAUGUUCGCGAAAAUAGAAAAAUACAUUGUAUAUAAUAAGUCUAUUA